AUAGAAAUCUAGGCUCUUAACAAUUUCUAAUGGUUGACAGAGUUAUUUCUUGUUCAAAAAAGGAGUCAGUAAUUUAAAAGUUUUGAGGAGAAAGUUUUACUUGGAUAUUUUGUAUUCGACUUUUCAAAACCAUCCUAGAUACAAUGAGACUCAGUAAUCCAUUGCAAGCAUGUAACCAAUACAUUGAACUCCUCAAGUCACUGCCUAUAUAUUACAUCAUAGUAGUCAUCAGUGCUGUCGUAAAAUGUGAGCAAUUGUUUCCAGCCCCCUGCCCAGGUAUUCCAAUUGUAGAUCUUCUGAAGACUGCUGUUCCAUCUUUACAAGAUUUACCAGACGGAGUCAAUGUUAUAUAUGAUAAACAAAGUUAUGCUCAUGGAUUUCAGUUUUCCUCAAAUGCUCAUUCUAUUUCUUUGAAGGCAGAAGCAGUGUUUGAAAAAUGCAACUAUUUUCCAUUUGAAUUUUCAUUCUUUAUAACGUAUAAAAAAUUCUCAAUAUCUAAAAGAGAACAGUGUAUUCUGUCUUUAGUUCAGCAGAACAAUAAUAGAUCACUUGUGUCUGUAGGAGUUGUUCAAGAUCGAAUAGUUUUUACUUAUAAGCACAAACAUUAUUCUUUUAAGAUGGCACCUGGUUAUCAAACUAGAAAAUGGCAUACAUUAGCAAUUAGCUUGGCAUCUCAAGGGCUCUCCGUCACAUUGGAUUGUCAUUUUCAAAGAGUGAAGUUAAUCAAGUUUUCAUUUCCUGACAUUGUUUCGGUAGUAAAUACAACAUUUUUAAUUGGACGAUGUUCCAUUGAAUCCACAUUAUACCAGGGUCUUAUACAAAGUAUUCUUCUGUUGCCUGGUCGAGAUGCUAGUGUACAAACGUGUUCUGCUCGAAUAUCUGCACAAGUACGCAAGACCCAAAGACCAGGUUUCAAUCUUAUUUCCUUGAGCUUGAGUGGCAGUGACCCUCUUUGUACCUGGUCUGAUGUUGGACAGUUAGCCUAUGAUGUACAUUCGGAGCUACUCAAAGUUUGUGUUAACGGAUUGUGGAGAGAUGUUCAGCAUAAGCAAAGAAAAAAACAGUUAGAUUACGUGGUUUCUUAUCAACUAAUAGAAGAUGGCCAAAAUUCAUUAGAUGUUGAAGUAUUUGAUCUACCAGAAGAAGGAAAAUUUGCUGUUUUUGCGUUAUCCGAUUUUCAUGGCGCAGUGUCUAAUAGAUCAAGUGUACAUAAAUGGAUUAAUGGAAGAUUUCAAUUCUACCAGUGGUUAUCUACUUUAUCUGCACAGUCAUUGGAAUACUUUGUUAUUAUUGACCAGUAUUUUAUUGCAGUGGCUAAUUACGGCACGUCGAAUUCUAAACCAACAAAUUCUACUAUUUUCAAAUGGAAUAAGAAAACAAGACUAUUUGAACCGUUCCAAAAUAUUGCAACAUACACAGCAAGAGAUAUUGAAGCAUUUCAGAUAGAGAACAAUUUUUACCUUGCUAUUGCCAAUCAUGCGAAAGGUGAAAACACAAAGAUUGACUCCAUUCUUUACAAGUGGUCUUCACAGUAUCAGAGUUUUAUUCAUCAUCAAAGCAUUGCAACUGUUGGAGCAUAUGACUGGACUUACUUUCACUUAGACAACUAUCAUUUUUUAGUUGUGGCUAAUUCUUUUACCGGGCUUUCAACGCUUGUAUUUUCUGUCAUAUAUAUUUGGCAACAAGGCAGAUGGAUCCAGUUUCAAACUUUAGAGACUAAUGGAGCGACUGACUGGGAAUAUUUUACUAUAAACAAGGAACAUUUUUUAGUUGUUGCUAACGCAUACAACUAUGGCAGUCAAAACUUCAAAAAUAUAGACAGCUAUCGAACUAACUCAACUAUUUUCAAGCUAGACAGAACAAAACGAGCGUUUACAAAAUAUCAAGUCAUCAGCACAAACAGUGCAAUAGACUGGGAACAUCUUUCGUUUGGCAAUGAUCAUUUUUUAAUGGUCUCUAACGCACAGAAUGGUGGAUCUGAUGAGCACCAUAAGUGUAUGAUGUACCGAUGGCAGGGACUAGAUCGUUUUGUACCAGUUCACUCGAUGUUCACUCAGCCUAAUGCUGAUAUAGAGAUUUUCAGAGAUCAGGCGGAUAUAUUUUUCUUAUUCGCGAAUAUUAAAGGCUCAACAGGGGAAGUAGCUAAACUUAAGUUUUUGUGAAGAUUGUGCUAUCAAGCAGAGUGGAGCAUAGGAUUUUCUCAUUUUGGGAAUACCUGUGAACUUAUCAAUAAUCAUUUUGCUAUGAAAAGCUUGUCAAAACUUUUUUUAAAUGAACGCCUUUGCUCUCUCUUGUCAGUUCUUCGUUUUUUUUUUGUUGUUGUUGUUGUUGUUGUGUGAGGAAUGAGAGUAUUAUGAGAAGCGCGGCAGAUUUUAUGUUAAUGUACGUGUUAGUGUAUAGUUUUACAAGGCUUUUAUCAGCUCAAUGUUGUCUGUCUAAACAAAAGUUUGUACUUGUUAUUUCUCCCACACCCAAUCUUGGAUGAAGUUGAAAUAUUUCACAAUUAUUUCUUGUACCAGAAUCAAUACAAAAUUAAUUAGAUAUAUUAUAUCUAGACUGGACACGGAUAUCUUUUAACACUACAAAAAAAACUGUCGUGAAAAUUUUUUUUAAAAGCUCUAAAGAAACUCAAUGGGUAAUGAUGUUUCUAAUCGCACAGAUUUAUUAUAGUUAGUCUAGAUCUAUUACAUAUCUAAUUACAUGACUGAUUCAGACUUAUUGGUUACACUUAAGCCUUGCUUUUAAAAAAAAUAUUUUUACAAUACCUCUGUUCAAGUCAGAACUUCAUGAAACAGGGAAACAGUGUGGAUUGUGGGUGGGCGGAGGAACCUGGACCACAAGCGCAUCAAGAACCCUAACGCUCAGUAAAUCCUAACUCUAUAUAUAAACACACACGCACAGCAUAUAUAUUGUUAUAACCCUGCCAUGCACAUCACCAUCUAAGCUAGUGCAGAAGGUGCGCACUGUUAGAUUUGGAGCACAGACCUAUAUAUAUAUAUAUUAUAUCUAGACUGGACACGGAUAUCUUUUAACACUACAAAAAAACUGUCGUGAAAAUUUUUUUAAAAGCUGAAACAAGGCGUUGUUUUGUAAAGUAGUUAUAAAAAACAAAGUUCUUGUUGUUGUUUUUUAUACUCUAACCUAUAUAACAUAUAGUUUAAUGUUUAGAUCUAGGUCUAACCCUAACCCAUCAAAAAUAAGAACACAUUAUUCUCAUAAUUAUUAUUUUGCAAUUUUUAGAUACAUAAUUUAGAAAGAUCUAGGUAAAUCAAUCUAUUGUACACGAGAUUAAAAUCAACAGACGUGAAUUAUUUCGAUCUAGGAUUUUCAAAAUAUUAUCUGAAUAGAAACUAACAGGAAAUAACUUUAUUUUAUAUAUUUGCGUGAUAUAUAGUUUUGUGAUUAAUAGUCCAUUCUUUUUAAAAAUCCGCAAAAUGGUAUUGCACAUAGAUUUAUAUAUACUACUCUAGACUGGACAUGGAGAUUUUUUUAGCACUACAAAAAUGUCGUGAAAUUUUUUUAGAAAGUUGGAUCAAGGCGUUGUUUUGUAAAGUAUUUAAAAGUAGUGAAGUUGUAUUUUUUAAAAACCCUAACCUACGUAACAUAUAAUUUAAUUUUUAGAUCUAGAUCUAGUAAUUGAACUUCAAAAAUAAGAGUACUUUCGUCUCAUAAUUAUUAUUUUGCAAUUUUUAAAUAGAUAUUCUAGAAAGCUCUACGUAAUCAAUAUAUUUAAAUCAAUAUGAAUUAUUUCGAUCUAGGAUUUUUGAAACAUUAUCUCAAUGGUAACAAACAGGAAAUGGCUUUGUUUCAUAUAUUUGCGUGAAUAUCCGAGAAAUGAUUUUGCAUUAUUUCUAAACUUUGAAAACUAAAGAUCAUUACUUUUCUAAGACAGAAAAGAUUAAUUGGGGCGACUCCCCUUAGAGCCUGAAAAAAUAGUUUACGUACAUAAAAAUCUAUAUAUGUAUAGGUCUGUGAAUCGAUCAAUCGUGGAUAAGAAUUUAUUUCCGGUUUCCAGUAUAGAUAUAAUAUAUAAGUCUAUGGUAUUGCAUUUUUUUCUAAGCUCAUUACUUUUCUAGGACAGAAAAGAUCGAUUUUCAAAGAUUCGGGGCGACUUCCGUUAUAGCUUUAAAAAGAGAUACGUACAUAAUGAUCUACAUAUAUAGGUCUGUGAAGUGGUCAAUAGCGGAUUAGAAUUUGUUUCUGUUUUCCAGUCUAGAUUUAAUAUAUAUAGGUCUGUAAUUUGGAGCCAUUUAUUAUUAUAGUUUGUUCUCUUCCUAUUAGAAAAUCCUGAAUCCAUUGAUGUAAUGAACCAUUAAUGCCAAAGUAUUUUAGUUUUUAAGCAGGCUAUGGUGGCUUUGGUGGUGAACGUUGUUGAAUGCCUUAGAAAAGUCUAAUAAAAGUGCAUCUAUUAAGACUA